UGUUCUCUGCUUUAACAAACCAAAAGAUACAUAAAUUUAGGGAAUGUCAGAUAAAAUGGAAACAAAAAGAGCCAAUUCAGAUUCAGAUACGAAGAUAUUGCUAGUAACAGCCAAUGUGGGAAGUUUAUUUGAAGAUCACCCACAAAGGUUACUGACAAUAUGGCUAGAAGAGUUCAUUGGGAAUGUAACAAAAAUCAGUCCCAGAUUUUUAGCUUUACAUUUGCAAGAGGUGGGCGGAAAAACGUACGAAAAUUCAAUGGGCAAUGUACAAGAAUUUAUUCGACGUUUAUGCGAGGAAAUGGCAAAGACUGAAUUUAUAUUCGUCCGAAUAUAUAUGGAUGAGGACUUCAAGUCAGCGGAGCAUUUUACAGCACUUGGCAACAUUUACUUCGGCCACAAGGAUAUAAGUACUUUAAGAAUUUGGAAUUUUUUAUAUCACUGCUGGGAUGAUAAUAAACUAGACAAUGACACACACAUAUUUUGUGGUAAUAUUGAAACAGUUCCUACCAAGGAGAAAGCCAAGUUUCCCCAGCACUUUUUUCCAGAAUGUAAAUGGUCUCGAAAGGGAUUUAUGCGAACUCGAUGGGAAAUUAAUGGCACAGCCAUUGAUCUAGUCAAUAUACAUCUUUUUCAUGACGCAUCCAAUUUGGCUGCGUGUGAAGAUUUUCCAUCUGUUUACUGCAAAACAAGGAGAAGAGCCCUGAUACACACUAUUGAAAGAUUUCACUUGGAUGACAAAAAUGGUUCCGUCCCUUUUUUCUUGUUUGGAGAUUUUAAUUUCAGAUGUGACACAGCGGGUGUUGUGAAAGAACUAACUGCAAAUUUAACUGCGCAUCGUCUACAAAGUGUAAAAAAUGAAAGCACUAAGAUUAAUUACCGCAACUCAGAUGGCAACAACAUACUUACUGUAGGCAAAAAAGAAUUUAGUCACGCUGAUCAUCAGCUAAAAUUUAAAGAAUUAUGGUUGAAAGAGUUCGACAAGGAGUUGGCCCCACUUACGGAGCUUUUGGUUGAAUAUCCAAUAAAUUUCAUUCCAUCAUAUCCCUUUGAAGAAGAUCCCGAAAUGCCAACUGACUAUAUGUCAACUAGGUGUCCAUCAUGGUGCGAUCGCAUUUUAAUGUCUCCACAGGUCAAAGACAUAAUUGAAAGUGAUGAAUGGAAAUAUGACAUGAUUGGAGAAUCUGUAUGCAUGGGCGAUCAUAAGCCUAUUUACUUAACUCUUCGCCUAAAGCCAAACAAAGGUACUUAUAGAUCAUGUGAUUGCAGUUGUACACACACAAAUGCUAAUAACAACAACAACUUAACAUCACCCAUUAAAUUCAAGACUUGUCCCUAUAUAAGCAAGUUAUAUAAUCAAAUUAUAACAGACGGUAAAAGUCUAAGUCAAGAAAGAAAAUCAAAAGACUGUCCCUUAGAAUUUCCAGAAGGCCAUUUAGCUGACUACGCAAACAGCGCAAGCGGACAUGAUACAACUAAUAUAGAGACUGGAGACGACGAAACUUCAAAGAAAGCCGCGUCAAACCAUCCAAGCAUUAGCAUAAAUUUAAUUGAUUCCGACAACAUAUAUGUGUGUAUGUGUACACAAAUGUGUAAUUAUGACCCUUGCAAUGCAGAACUUGAGGCUCAGACUAAUAGUGCCAUUUGCCCAAUGUGCCGUAAUAUAAUGAAAAAGCAGCCUGCUGAACAUCGUUAUAGCAUCUUAAUACCUACGCCGAAAACGCACAAAUGGACCCGUAUACACCAGAAAGCAAUGAGUCUCAUUCACCAUAUCCUGAGCUGAGAAGCACAACUACAAGUGCUUCCAGUAAUAGUUGCAAAAAUGAACAGAGCAUGGAUAUCCUAAAUGAAGAUCAUGAAGAGCAAUAC